AUGCAGCAUCGACGGAGGCUGCUGCAGCGGCAGCUGUUGCUGCUGCUGCUGCUGCUGCUGCUGGGUCUAGCAUCAACAUCUGCAGCAGCAACAGCAGCAACAGCAGCAGCAACAGCAGCAGCAGCAGCAAUAGCUAUAGCGGUCUCCCCAGUAUACUGCAGCGACUGGACUCCUGCUGCUGCUCCUGCUGCUGCUCCUGCUGCUGCUGCAGCAGCAGCAGCAGCAGCAGCAGCAGCAGAUGAAAGUUUGCUGCUGCAUGAAUCCUCUGACACUACUAGACUGAAAUCUCACCGCCGUCGCCGCCGCAGCAGCCGCAGCAGCAGCAGCAGCAGCAGCAGCAGCAGCAGAAGGAGAAGCAAGAAGAUGCGUCUGUGGCAGCAGUUCGAUGACUCAACAACAGCAGCAAUAACAGAGGGCACAGCAGCAACAGCAUUUGCUGCAACAGCAGCAGCAGCAGCAGCAGAAGCAGCAGCAGAAGCAGCAAAGUUCGAUGACUCAACAACAGCAGCAAUAACAGAGGGCACAGCAGCAACAGCAUUUGCUGCAACAGCAACAGCAGCAGCAGCAGCAGCAGAAGCAGCAGCAGAAGCAGCAGCAGCAGCAGGUCUCUCAAAACGCAACAGAAGGCUGGCUGUCUCCCUGGUAACCUCUGUCUCUGUCUUGCUGCUGCUGCUGCUGCUGCCGCAGCUGCUCAACCUGCUGCACCCCAGCAGCAGCAACCUGCAGCAGCAGAUCACCCUCGAUGGCCCCGUAGUAGGAGACACGGGCUUGUAA